ACUUUAGAACAGCGGCGUUCCCAAGGAUCCAGGAGGAACCCAGCAGAAUUCCCAGGAAUUUCCUGGAAAAUUGCGACUUUUUUCUGAGGGAAACCAGCGGAAUUCCAAGUAAAACCGGGACUCACCCUCACAGGCGCUAAUUAACUCCGACAGCGCUAAUUAACGACUAAUUCGUGCCUAAUUAACCCCUCUAGGGACUCCUUUGUGCAAGCACGAUCAUUUUUAUUGCAAUUAACCCGUUUUUAACCCGAUUUGCUCAGUUUGGUUGUGCCUGACCGCGAGGUCAUUAAAAACCAGCGACUGUGCCGCGUGCAGUGCUGCGGGGCUCGGGGGAAAAAAGCGAGGGAAGGUUUGUGUGAGGGUGAAGCGGGAGAAGGGCAGCGAGGCACCCGCGCUCCUCCGGGCAGCGCCGCCACGCGAGGCCGAGGCUUCACUAGGCCGCGCUAGGCCGCGCGUUGCUAAGCAACGCCUCGCGCUCUAACGCGACUUCCUAUAGUGGUCGCUUAGCAACGCGGCGCGCUGCUGACGUCACUUCCUCCUUCUUCCCCCCCCGGCGCCGCCAUCAUGGCGGCGGUGUCGGUGUUCCCGUCCCCAGGCGAGCUCGGCGCGGCCCUGGCGCGUUCGGUGGCGGAGGCGGCGGCCGAGGCGGUGGCGAGCGGAGGCCGCUUCACGCUGGGGCUGUCCGGGGGUUCGCUGGUGCCGCUGCUGGCGCGGGAGCUGCCGCCCGCCCUCAGCGCCCUGCCCGGCUCGGAGCCGUCCCGCUGGCUCGUGGCGUUCUGCGAUGAGCGCCUGGUGCCGCCCGAGCACCCCGAGAGCACCGGCGGCGCCUACCGGUCCCAGUUACUCUCCCAGUUUGCCCCCCCCGGCCCCCAGGUUCUCUGGGUCAGCCCCGGGCUGGGCCCGGCCGAGGCCGCCAGGGACUACGAGGAGCAGCUGAGGAAGGCGUUCCCAGGCGAGGCCAUUCCCCAGUUUGACCUGCUGCUGCUGGGUGGGCCGGACGGUCACACCUGCUCGCUCUUCCCGGGCCACGCCCUGCUCCAGGAGCAGAAUUCCCUGGUUUCAUUCCUGGAGGACUCUCCCAAGCCCCUCCCCAGCACUUCCUCCUUUCCCAGGAUUUUCCUGGUAUUUUCCCCAUUAUUUUCCCCAUUAUUUUCCUCUGCAUUUUUCCCAAUUUCCCACCAUUUUUCCCAUUAUUUUCCCCAUUUUUUCUGAUUUUUUUCCCCAUUA